CGGCUGCGGAAGGGACCCGUACAAGCAAUUCUCGCGAGAUGUAGAGUGACCGUAGCUUGUGGAGAGGGGCGGAGGCCCAGAGGGGCACCACGUGGGGACUGCCAGAGCUGUCUCGGGCGGGCGGGCGUUCAGUUUGGGUCUAGGCUGGAGUUGGAACCGUGGAGAUGCGAAAGGAAACGCCGCCCCCACUAGUGCCCUCGGCGGCCCGCGAGUGGAACCUUCCCCCUAAUGCGCCCGCUUGUAUGGAACGACAGUUGGAGGCUGCGCGGUAUCGUUCUGAUGGGGCGCUCCUGCUCGGGGCCUCCAGCCUGAGUGGCCGCUGCUGGGCUGGCUCCCUCUGGUUGUUCAAGGACCCUUGUGCCGCCCCCAACGAAGGCUUCUGUUCCGCUGGAGUACAGACGGAGGCCGGAGUGGCUGACCUCACUUGGGUUGGGGACAGAGGUAUCCUAGUGGCUUCCGAUUCAGGUGCUGUUGAAUUGUGGGAGCUGGAUGAGAAUGAGACACUCAUUGUCAGCAAGUUCUGCAAGUAUGAGCAUGAUGACAUCGUGUCUACAGUCAGUGUCCUCAGCUCUGGCACACAAGCUGUCAGCGGUAGCAAAGACUUCUGUAUCAAGGUUUGGGACCUUGCCCAGCAGAUGGUACUGAAUUCAUACCGGGCUCACUCCGGGCAGGUCACCUGUGUCGCCGCCUCUCCCCACAAGGAUUCCGUGUUCCUUUCAUGCAGUGAGGACAACAGAAUUUUACUCUGGGAUACCCGCUGUCCCAAGCCAGCAUCACAGAUGGGCUGCACUGCCUCUGGCUACCUACCUACCUCCUUGGCUUGGCAUCCUCAGCAGAGUGAAAUCUUUGUCUUUGGUGAUGAGAGUGGGACCAUCUCCCUUGUGGACACCAAGAGUGCAAGGUGUGCCCUCAGCUCAGCUGUCCACUCCCAGUGUGUCACUGGACUGGUGUUCUCCCCACACAGCUCUCCCUUCCUGGCCUCUGUCAGUGAGGACUGCUCACUUGCUGUGCUGGACUCGGGCCUUUCCGAGGUGUUUAGAAGCCGAGCCCACAGAGACUUUGUGAGAGAUGCUACGUGGUCCCCGCUCAAUCACUCCCUCCUUACCACAGUGGGCUGGGACCAUCAGGUCACCCACCACAUCGUGCCCAUGGAGCCUCUCCCAGCCCUUGGACCUAAGAGUGUUGCUGAGUAGAUAAGACAAAAAACAAAUCCCCCAUGAGUAACCACUCCCUUUGCCCUGCCCUCUCAGUCUGUGAGACCACAGGAGCCUUAUACACUAUGUUGAUACACUAGAUCUGGGCAGUUAAUAGGCAUUGUCUCUCAGCCCAAGGAGGGCUGGAUUCUGGGAUCCUGUAGUCCCAGGGAAGAAAAACUUUCCUAAAAUUGGAUAUGUAUGUGUGUCUGAGUGUGUGUGUAGAUGCAUAGUUUUUGGUGGUGGGGGGGAAUUAAAAUCCAUCUUAUGUCUUUCCCAAGUCCUUCCCCCACCAAAAAAAACACAAAAACAAAAAAACCCCCAAAAAGUUCACAAAAGGGUUUUAUGCUUCCUAUGUAGCUGUGCAUGAGGAAUUGGCCGUGGCUAGAUGGAAUGUGGGAUGUGGGCAUCCCUGGAUUCUUGGAAGCAGCUUAUAUACUACUCAUGGAGAUAGAAGCAACUUUAUUUUUUAUAAAACUUAAUCUACCUUUCUCAUGGGCAAUGCUUCCAUCCACAAAACUCUUGCCCGACUCACCUUGAGGAAGAGCCAGAACACUCAUCAUAGUUUUGCACAUCUCCUUGCCGUGAAACUGACUCAAAAAUACAUUUUUUGGCUGGUGCCUGUGUAAUGCUCCCCACCCCUCAUGGAGUUGUGUGUAUGAAAGAUGAGUGUUUUCCUGUCGUAGAUUCCAUGGAAAAAGUUGGGGGGGUGGUACAGAGCUUAAAGGCAUUUCGAUUAAGUGAAAAACUGACCCAGGCUUGCAGAGAAACAUGUGCCACAUCUCCCACCCCCAAACAGCUUGGGGCCUGACCUCUCCUGGCCUCUGGAUCCCUUUCUCUGGAUAUAGGAAGUCUGAAUGCUGUUUUUGUGGACUCCGAAGAUUUUAAAUGCAGCAUCAGAGAAUCAGAAAUACUGGUUGGUGAAAUAAAAAGUUUAGGCUUUGCUGGCCUGUCUUUUGAA